AUGGCUCUUCAAAGUUCGUUGUGUCGGGUUUCUAGCCAAUUGCGUCAAUUAACCACCAAAGUCCCGGGUGCUCGUUUCUACUCGGCUCCUGUCAGUGGAAGCAUUCCUGCUGCAAAGAGAAAAUAUGUUCCAACUAGCGGUACUUAUCCGCAAGGAUUCAAGGUUUCGGGAACGAUAGUUGGUGUUAAGCCAAAAAAUACAACCAAACCUGACCUUGCUUUCAUCACCUCGAGCACACCAUGUGCUGCAGCGGCCGUCUUCACCAAGAAUAAGUUCCAAGCUGCACCGGUAACUUUCAGUCGGUCGCUGCUUCAGGAGCAGAAAAAUUCUGGGAUUAGAGGUGUUAUUAUCAAUUCGGGAUGUGCAAAUGCUGUAACUGGAAAGGGUGGCCUUGAAGAUGCUGAAAAGAUGGCGAGAGAGGCCGAUAAGGCACAGGGAGCUGACAAGGCAACAAUCGUGAUGAGUACUGGCGUGAUUGGCCAAAGGUUACCGAUUCAGAAAAUCUUGGACGGGAUUCCCAAAGCCUACGAAGGGCUUGGGGAUACCCAUAAACACUGGCUGACAUAUGCCACAGCUAUCUGUACAACAGAUACAUUCCCUAAAUUGAUCUCGAAAACUUUCAGUCUACCGUCUUCGCCAUCAAUAGAGUAUCGUAUUGCCGGAACGACUAAAGGCGCUGGGAUGAUUCACCCAAACAUGGCAACGCUCUUAGGUGUCAUCGCUACUGAUGCCCCUAUUUCACCCUCUAUCAUCCCGCCCGUUCUUAAGUAUGCUGUAGAUCGGUCUUUUAACAGUAUCACAAUUGACGGAGACACAUCCACCAAUGACACGGUUGCUUUACUGGCAAACGGUGCUGCAGGAGGUCAGGGGGUAACUACGGAAGAUUCGGCCGAUUUUGUCGCAUUCCGGGAUGUUGUUACUGACUUCGCGACUGACUUGGCCAAGCUCGUCGUGCGGGAUGGUGAAGGUGCUACCAAAUUCGUUACCAUCCGAGUAACCGAGUCUUCAAGCGAAGAAGGUGCCCGAAAGAUCGCCAGCACCAUCGCACGAUCACCUCUUGUCAAGACAGCGCUCUACGGCAAAGACGCUAAUUGGGGCCGAAUCCUUUGCGCUACUGGCUACUCACUAAUCAGCGAGCCUGGACACGCCGUCAAUGACGUGGCAGAAAUAAUACCCGAGAAGACUAAUGUGUCUUUCGUCCCCACGGACGGGAGCCCGGAGUUGAAGCUCCUCGUCAACGGUGAGCCGGAAAUUGUCGAUGAGACCCGGGCGGCGGAGAUUCUCGAGUUUGAAGACCUCGAGAUCCUUGUGAGAUUGGGAACCGGUAAGAAGGAGGCUACUUACUGGACCUGCGAUUAUAGUCAUGAGUACAUCACUAUCAAUGGGGAUUACCGUACCUAA